ACCAACUCUCUCUCUCUUUGUAUACAUACUUAAUUUCUCUCUCAUCUAAUUAAUUCACAACAUUUAAGAGAGAGAGAAGAAAAAAAAGAAAAAAAAAUGAAGAGUAGCAUCCAAACAUGUUGUAGUAGUAGUUUAUUCAAGAGCUGCAAACCCUACAUCGGUAUGAUAUCGUUGCAGUUCGGAUACGCCGGCAUGAAUAUUAUAACCAAGAUAUCGCUCAACGGUGGCAUGAGUCAUUACGUUUUGGUCGUUUAUCGUCACGCCAUUGCCACCGCCGUUAUCGCUCCCUUUGCUUUCUUCUUCGAGAGGAAAGCACAGCCAAAGAUAACGUUCCCCGUUUUCAUGCAAAUUUUCGUCCUCGGCCUUCUUGGGCCUGUGAUUGAUCAGAACUUCUAUUAUGCUGGACUCAAACUCACUUCACCAACAUUUUCAUGUGCAAUGAGCAACAUGUUACCUGCCUUGACAUUUGUCAUGGCUAUUAUAUUCAGGAUGGAGAAGGUGGAUAUAAAGAAGGUGAUAUACCAAGCGAAAGUGGUGGGGACAAUUAUAACGGUGGGCGGGGCUUUGCUGAUGACACUUUACAAGGGGCCACUGGUGGAGAUGGCGUGGACGAAGCAUAGGGAGGCUCAUACAAAGGGCGGGCCCGCAAACGAGACGAGCGACCACGAUUGGUUCAUCGGUUGCAUACUCCUCAUCAUAGCCACGCUUGCUUGGGCUGCACUCUUCAUACUUCAGAAGGCCACCCUUACAACGUACUCGAACCACCAGCUCUCCCUCACUUCGCUCGUGUGCUUCAUGGGAACCAUGCAAGCUAUCGCCGUCACUUUCGUCAUGGAACAUAAUACCUCCGCUUGGAGGAUCGGUUGGGACAUGAAUCUUCUUGCCGCCGCAUAUGCUGGGAUUGUGACAUCGAGUAUUUCGUACUACGUACAAGGACUUGUGAUGAAGGUAAAAGGGCCGGUGUUCGCCACUGCUUUUAGCCCACUGAUGAUGAUCAUAGUCGCCGUCAUGGGCUCGUUUAUCCUAGCCGAGAAAAUCUACCUUGGAGGGGUGAUCGGCUCGGUGAUCAUUGUCGUCGGUCUCUAUGCGGUUCUAUGGGGAAAGUACAAGGAAGAGAAGGAAGAGAGUCAGAAGAGGAAGCUUCUAGAAAUACCAGAAGCAAUUAAGGAUAAUAAUAAUAAUAACACACAAUUAAUUAAUGGUAAUGUGCAACUAAUGAUAGGGAAUGGUGUUGAAGCAAAGGCAGAUCAAGCUGAUAAGUGCCCCUCUAUUGCCAUUGACUUACCCCCCAACCAAAUGAUCAUACUCAACAAAUGAUCUCACAUCAAGACAAGCUUACUCUUUAUUUCUUUUCUUUUUUUUUUUUCUUUUUUCGUUUUUCUUUUUCGAAUUUUUGUAAUUUUUUUUCUUCUUAAUUUUGGGUUUUGGGCUUAAGACGGAUCGGAUCGAUUUUGGAUGGAAUGUGUAAGGGGAGUAUGUAAUUAGUGCUUAAUUAUGCAAGUAAGAGAAAUUCAAGGCUCUUUUGCUACUUGAAUUGAAAUAUUAUUAAGUUUUAGAA